AAACUACAUCAGGCGAGACUCCAGCUAUGCCUUAAUCUCACCUAGAUUGUCUGGGAGGGACUGUCGCGACGUUGAGCUACUGUCGAGCUAACUGCACGGGUUUCCCCGCCCUCACUUCACCACUGAUCUCACCUCACCGCCCGGGGACGAUCGCCAAGACCUUUUCUUCUCUCACUAAAGGUAACGCCUCGCAUUUUCAACUCAAGCCGAACUCAGCUUCUCAACAGUCGUCGUCAGCAUGGCAGCACCAAUGCCGGAUCGUCCGCAGAUUCCCGAUUACUACUUCGACCUUGGGAUAGAUCAGUAUGCCACUGCUAGUGAGAUUAAAAGAGCAUUUCGCAAGCUUGCACUUGAACACCAUCCCGACAAAAAGGCACCAGGGCACACUAUAGACGCGCAAGAAUUUCGCCAGGCCCGCCAAGCGUACGAUACACUCGUCGACAGAGACGAGCGCGCUAGUUAUGACGAUAUGUACGACGAAGUUCGGUUUGAAUGGGAGGUCUAUCGCGAAGCAAUUGCCGAAUGGGAUGAGGAGGAAGAUUAUCGCAAACGCGAAGAAGAACGUCGCGAACAUUAUGAAGAAGAGCAAAGGCGUGCAGCGGAGGCAAGGCAACAGCGACAACAGCAGAAGCGACAGGCCGAGCGAGAUCGGCGACAAAGACGAAAAGAUGAGAGAGCUGCUGCUGAGGCAGAAAAACAACGAAGGGCCGAGGAGGCUGUUCGUGAGCAAGCUCGUCGAGACGAGGAAGCCGCUCGUGCCCAGAGGCAAUACUGGGAACAGAAAGAGAGAGAGGCAGAGGAGCGAUCGCGAAAAGCUGCAGAGAGGCAGCAGGCGGCGCAGGAAGCAAUGGCCAGGGAGCGCUUGCGACAGGCUAAAGGGCAAUUAGCUAAGAAGAGAUCUCGCGAGGCUGCCGAACGAGCAAGAGUUGAACAGCAACGAGCUGCUGAGGCAAGACUGCGUCAACAGGAAAUCGAAGAAUACGAGGAAGCAUUACGGAGAGAAGCAGAGUCAGAGCUUGCACGAAUGCGUUUUCGAGAACAGAUGCGGAAGGAGAAGCGGGAGGAACAAAGGAGGAAGGAGGAGCUCGCGAGAGCAAGAGCUGAACGAAAGGCAGCGAGAAAAGCCGCUGCAUCUCGGAAGCGUGAAGCCGAGAAACAGGCCAUGGAAGAGGCACGUAGACUCCGGGAGCAACAAGAAGCAAUAAGAAAGCUCAGAGCUGCGCAGAAGGAGUUCUCACGACAGCAGGCUCUCCAAGAACGAUUGACGAGGGUCUCUAUGGCGAAGGAUCAUGCGUGUAUGAAGCAUUCAGAGUAUGUCUCAUCUACAUCAUGCGUAGCUGGGACUACGCCCAGUCGUGAAGGAGACCUGAUUGACCUGGGGUGGACUCGAAUAGAAGGGGCGAACACGUGCGACUUUUGCGAUCUCGUCGUCAAGCAAUUUGUCAUGCAAUGCCCCGAAGGCGGCGCAGUUGCUUGCAAGACUUGCUUGAUCAGGCUUUCAUCUCAUUCAACCUCACCAAGCAAGUCGCACUAUGACGGUGCUGCAAAGUGGCAAGUCGUCCUGGUCCGCAAACUGACCCGCAAGCAUGCACCCCGACAAAUGCUGCUUAUUCAGACAUCGAUACUCGGAGACUCCAAUCUCGAUGCUGUAUCCGAAAUGAAGAGAAAGAAGAGGAGGAGGGGUGGGAAACGAAAGACGAAAGGUACUUCGAAGCUGUGA